CGAACGUGCUAUAAAUUGGCAUUUCCAGCGCACUCAUAGCCGCAAUGAAAAGAAGCUCGAAAUGGAUAAAUGGACUACAGACUAUCUCCAGAGCUGGCAGGCUGAUUUCGGGAACGAGCCCGAUGCCCCACACUCGCUACAGUUUCUUGAAGACUUACUGUCGGAAUUGAAAGGACUUGCCCACACACAAUCUGCCGAAACGACAGACUCCAGCUCUGAGACAGUUGCAUUAUCAAUCAUAGAGGCUAUCAAGUCACGAAAGAACCCUGAAGGAGCGCUGAUAGACUUCCAGGCUGUUCUGUUUGAGGCCGCCAUAUCCUCACCACUAGAUCCAAGUGAUCUUACAGAAGUAACGCGCUUGUUAGUAAAUUGCCUUCCUUCACCUUUCAGAGAGGAGCUUAAAUAUCAAAUCUGUGUGAACAUACGGGAAAGAUGGAACGGACCUGAUAAACCCAGCCCUGGAAAAGAAAUAGACCUGUGCAUUGAGGAGUGGAUUUCCUUGAACACUUUUGUUGCAUAUCUUACACGAGCGCAUGCUGUGUCGCUUGAAGACUACGCAUUACGAACUUUUAACAGAGCAUUUGACUCAGAAACUUACCUUGAGCACGAAAGGAUUUAUCAUGUCCCGGCAGCAGCAGCUUGGAUAAGUAUUUUAGGUACGGAUAUCUAUCUUUGGUCGUCACAAAAUGCUGGCAGUAAUGGUUCGACCGGUUUUACAUGGCCUAAAUGGGAUAAGUGGAAGCAAGGCUUUGAGAUAUCGUCGAAAUCAGACAAAUUGUCCUGUCAAACCAAGAAAAAAGCUGAAAUGGCUUUGUAUAAAAUGAGAGAGCUAGAGACCGCAGCACUAUCCUAGGGAGACGAGGGAUAGGAAAGAAUAGGCCUUGAAAUAGUCUAACUCAGAUUCUUACUUUUCGAAUAUAAUGGAGCCUGAUUUGUAUGAAAUCACCAAGAUUUACUUUUUUGGGGUGGAUAAAGGAGUCAGU